UGCUAUGUUGUGCCGCCCUAUGACUUUUUGGUCGGCAGCAGCUCAGUUGCUUAUAAAUACAGGAACGGUGCCAAAAUGCUCUCACCAAAAUCUAAGUACACAUAAAGAGUACUCUCUGAAAUCAUUAUUCACUCUGUCUUACGCAGAUCAAUUGAUCAAAAACCAAACUCAACUCCAAUAACUCUGUCAUCAUGUCACCGAAUAAUUACUUUGCUAGCGAUGUCAAGGGACUUUACGGUGAAAAUGAAAUAGUUGAAGCCGAUGUCCAGAUCAUCACCUCCGGCGGCGUCCGCAUACCGGCACAUUCCACCAUUCUGGCUGCUGCGUCGACGGUGCUGGAGAGCAUACUAGUUCGACCGCAAAAGCGGAGGAGCUCUGAGAAAACGAUACGGGUUCUCGGCGUUCCCUGCGACGCCGUUUCCGUUUUCGUCCGAUUUCUCUAUUUCUUCAAGUGCACUGAGGAGCAGAUAGAGAAACAUGGGAUUCAUCUGCUAGCACUUUCUCAUGUGUACUUGGUACCACAGCUGAAGCAGAGAUGCACUAAGGGAAUGGCCGAGCGAUUGACGACUGAAAAUGCAGUGGAUGUGCUUCAACUAGCAAGGCUAUGUGAUGCACCUGAUCUCUACCUCAAGUGCAUGAAAUUUUUGUCAAGCAAUUUCAGGAAAGUUGAGGAGACUGAGGGCUGGAAGUUCCUUCAAGAUCAUGAUCCUUGUCUUGAGCUUGAAAUUCUACGGUUCAUGGAUGAGGCUGAUUCGCGGAAGAAGAGGAGGAGAAGACACAGGCGUGAGCAGAGCUUAUAUUUACAACUAAGUGAAGCGAUGGUUUGUUUGGAGCACAUAUGCACCGAAGGAUGUACAAGCGUGGGGCCUUAUGACAUGGAAUCUAGCCAUGAGAGGCUUCCAUGUAGCAAUUUUGAUACAUGCCAAGGCCUCCAGCUUCUGAUCCGACAUUUUGCUAACUGUAAGACAAGGGCGAAUGGAGGUUGUUUGAGAUGCAAGCGGAUGUGGCAGCUCCUAAGAUUACACGCAUCUGUUUGUGACCAACCUCAACAUUGUCGAGUUCCUCUUUGCAGACAAUUCGAACUGAAAUUGCAACAAAGGGGUGAUGAUGCACUGUGGAAAUCACUUGUUAGAAAGGUGGUGUCUGCCAAAGCAAUAUCUACCUUGUCUCUGCCUAAAAGAAAGAGAGAAGAAGAACCAAGAUUGAACUUAAGCCAUCAUCAAGUGAGAAGUUUUAGGUUGACAACUCACUGUCAAUAGUUAGAAAGUUAUGCUUACAAUUCAGUAAAAAGUUAUUUACCUUUAAGGCUUGAGAAGGUAUUGGUUAGCCAAAUUCAAUAUUUAAUGGUAUGGCAGUUAUUACUAGAAAUUAUAUACUUAUUUCAUAAGUCUUGCUGUAAAAGAAUGAUACGGGAAAUAAUUGUAUACAAAAAAAAAUGCUGUCGA